AUGCUUUUAACCACCGGAGUACGAUAUCAAAUCCAGCCACUUCAAGAGAUUGUCCCCGAGGAUAAAAUAAAAGAAUGCUUAUCAAAUAUUGGCUAUCACGUCAUAAAAAUCAAUAAUAUCAUAAAUGCAUACAAACCUAUAUUGAAAACCAUGAAUGAACAACUUCCAUCCAUCUCAUAUGGACCUAUUUUCUCUCUUUCCACUGAUUACAAGAAGAUUACUUCUCUAAACGAAAUUUUAAAGAUUUCUGGUGAAGAGCUCGAUAAAGUUGUCCCUCCUGAAUUACAAUAUUCAGAACUGUUUAUCGAAGCUUUCAACCAUUUAGGCCAAUUCAACCAAUAUAUCCCUAUGUUAACUUCAAAUCAAGCGUCAUCUAUGGCUUCUUACGUUCCUGCGCUUCAGCAGUCCCUGUCUCUAGUUGUCGAGACCCUUGAUAAAGUCCUUGCUCUUGCCCCGAAAUGUUUUGAACUCAACAAAGAAAAAGAAAAUGAAAUUAAUUUCGAAGACAAGGAGUUUGCCCAUUAUUGCGUCUGCUGCAACAAACUUGCUGAGCUCCUCGUCAUAGAUCUCAGCUUUUUAUCUGCCUACGAUGCAGUGAAUUCGUUAUCUCAGAUCACAAACUUCAAGAGCUGGGUCGAUCUAUUAACAAACGUUUCGAACCAAUUACGUACAGCUGCUUCGACUAACAUUGAAGCAGUGUUUCCGAAUUUGAAAACAAUAACAACGACAAUUCCUUCUUUGUUUGCGAUUUACUCCUUCGCACAAAGUUCUGUUAAGGAUACUUUACUUACCACUGCUUUUGCUAAGCAUAUAAUCCAGUACAUGAACCUCAUAUUCAGUAAAGUAGGAAAACCAGUCGCCGAGUUAGUUUCGAAAGAGAUUUCAAAGCUAACCGAUGCCUGCUUCUCCAACGCCCCGAUCAAACAAACAAAGGAAAUUGUUAAUUCUCUUUUAACAGUUUUUUCAGAGAUUGCCUCCACAGAUUACGUUUAUAACUCCACAGAAGCGAAUACCAUGAUACAAUCCGUCAAGGCCAUUCUUACGAUUUCUCAAGACCAACAAGAAAUUACGGAUUGUGCCUUUUCUCUUGCUCGUUGCAUCUCAACAUCACUUUAUUCCCAAGCAAAUUCCAAUAUCAUUGAUAAAGCGCUUCAAGAAGCCAUCGGAAAGCUACUCAACGCUCAGUUAAGUUUAGUCAAAGGUUAUUCUACGAAUGUAACAGCAACUUACACGAAAAAGAUCGAUUGCUACAGCGAAAACAGCCUCAGUCAAGUUAAUUACCAUACUUCUACCAUUGAUAAUUUGAAUCAAAUCGAUCCAAAUUCCGAAACUUUCAUUACAGACGUACAAAAGUUGUUUUCUGCCACGAACUAUCUCCCAUAUUCACUCAAUGAUAUAAUAAAGCAGGCAGAACCGCAAGACGCCGCAGUUUUCCAAACUUUAUCGUCUGAAAUCAAAAAAUCUGCCAAGCAAGUCUCAUCGUUAUAUGACCAUCUCGUUAGUAUGCUUUCAAUCAGCACACAGAUGGUAGCAGAAAUGGGAGUUAAGGCCAUCCAAGUGUCAAAUGGACAAAUUCAAGUCGACGAAACGUUCAAGAGCGAAUUAGACAAGUACGAAUCAACGAUGGCUAACACACCAACAUAUUUGUCAACAAAUCAGAACACUUCUGAGUACAUUAAUUUAGUUCAUAAAUUAAAAGAGUUUCUUGACAAAGAAGAAGAUGGAAUCGGUGGCCUUACGAAGUCAUUAAUGAAUGCAUACUUCGAUGAGAUCGGAGAUACCUUCGAAAAGCUCAAAAAAGUUAAUAAUUUCGGAGAAACCGACGAUUUCGUUUCAAAUGUUGGCAGUUUAUCAUUCAGCUGCCUUCCAACAAUCCAAGAAGCUCAGCAACAUUACGACGAUUCAUUUGCUUACAAAUUUUCUCAUUUUUAUUCUGCAAUUACGAGGUUAUCUGGCUCUUUGGAGAACGCUCCGGAGUCAAUGCAGGAUUUGAAGCAGUUCCCACAGGCUAUUAAUGCAUCUUUGAACACAAUUUUGCCUCUUAUUACAAAUCAAGACGCAUCCAACAGAUCUCUCCUAUCGAACUACGUUUCAAACUUAUCACAAAUGAUGACAAAGUUCCAAUCCGCCAUCGAUAGCUUACCACAACCAUUCCUUCAGGUAGAUAUUCCAGCGGAACUUCGCCAAUUCAGGAAACUCGAAUCGGCAAUCGCUUCCCUUCCAACAUCUGCCCUCAGAAUCACAGCUACGAACCUCAUGGACCUCUUCAAGGACGCAAAAUCAGAAGAUGCACUCAAAUUCCUUACGAAAUGGUUCGAAAUGGCCUGUAAUAACGAGAUUGACUGCGGAACUAUAUACGAUGCAGAGAAAAACAUCGCCAAACUGAUAAAUAUGAGGUCUCUCGACGAAGCUUACAAUAAUGAGGUAAUUGAAGCUCUCAUGAGGGCCUCUGUAGCAUCUACAAGAUCAAUGGGCGACAUGUCAGGCGAAGAACUUGAAUUUAUGGAGAAAUUAAAUAAUGAUCUCAUAAAUAAAAUCAAAGAAUACAUUGAUACUAAGUCAGAGAAGGCCCUGAACGAGAUAGAUCUCAUCCUUGAUCAAAUGUCCAACUACAAACGCUUUAUUUCGGGAACUCCUGAAGAAAAAGAGGAAAUGCUCGAAACAAUCCUCAGUACAAUGGCCGAAAAGUUGUCAGAGUUGAGAGAUGGAAAAGCUUCUCCACUUGAAGUAGCAAAAGCUCUGAAAAAUUUGUUGACAUAUGGAUUUUUCAACGAUAAAGAGAUGUUGGAGAAAUUCCAGGAGCUUAUUGACAAGACGAUCGAGAAGCUUUUGAACGGAGAAGUAGACGUCCAAGACUUAGUAGAUGAAGUUAUUCGACAAAUCAAGAAGAUGCGGCCGGACAGAUACGAAGAUGUUAUGAAAAUCGAAGACCAGGACGAGCUCUGUGACGAAAUCUACAACAGGGCCGAGAUGUUCAGAGAGUACUCGAACAUCGUCGUUCGCGCUGCCAGACAAAAUGACGUUCCUCCGGACGUUGUCAGCCACGCGAUCAUGAAGAUGUCGACAAUAGCGAGCGAAUCAGCUACGGUAGCUCUAAGAUCUAUGGAGAAGAACGGUCUUGAAAAAACAAAUCAGAUCCAGGGAUUCGCUUCCAACGCAAACGACGUCUUCUCAGCAUUCUCCAAGUUCGAAGAACUCGCAAGGAACCUUCAGAAUGACAAUUCUCCAGAGACAGUUCUCGAAGUCAGAAGAUUGGCCAGAACAAUGGCAAAGAAGAUCGAUACAUUCAUCAACAACGUUGAAAGACCACUUCCACCAGUACCAGCAACAGGAUUAGACGAGAAAAAGAACGAUUUCUUCCAUCAAUUAUCCAAAAUUGAAGUUCAAGCAUCUCGUGUUGUCUCAAGAAUCAAUUCCUGCCCUCUUUCAGAGAUGUUAGACCCAGAAAGAGAAGGUUUGAUCAACGCAUUAACAGAAGCAAGAGAUGAAUUGAAGCAAAGUGCAGAUGAUUUGUACGAAAACUCAGUCGAACCUCAGAAAUCAUGGUUUAAGACCAUCUACGAAGAGUACGAAAGUAAAAUCAACUCAGCAAUUGAACAUCUGAAAGACAAUGAGAAACAAACUAAGAAAGAUAUCAACGAAUCAACAGCAAUCGUUCCUAAGUUGAUCGAGGCCGCUCAUUCCUUGGUUGACCACAUUAUUAUUUAUCCAGACCCAGAUUCAGCCUCCAAAAUCCCAGACGAGUUCAACCUCCCUCCAAUGCCAACAGAAGCUCCUUCUCCACAUGAAUCCUUCAAGCAGCUCUGCGAUUCACUCGAAGAACUCCAAAAGAAGAUGGAUAACUUCUCAGAUAUCUACAACUCACAAAACAAUUCCGAACUGGUUGAAUUGACUCUUAAAUUGAGAGAGGAAGCCGAAAAAUUUGCCACAUCUAUGGGAACUAUGACAUUUUCCACCACAGAUCCUCGUUGCCAAGUUGAAGAGCAGACAAUUAUGCACGAAUUCGCUUCAGCAUUUACAUCAUUACAAAAUUCUGUUAAAGCGAAAUUACUUUUAGACCCAACUGCUCAGUCCCAAAUUACAGAGUCGAUCGCUGCUGUUAACCAGGCAUCGCAGAAUUUCAAGGUUUCUGCAGACAAAGCAGUCAAAUCAGCAGAGAUUACGGCACAAAAGGAGGAAGAAGUCGAAAUCGAGCCAAGCGAUGCAGUCACAGCAGAACUCCAGGCAACAGCACUUGCAAUUGAAGAGAUGUCAGCCAAAUUAAGUGAAUUCGGUUCACAAUUUGGCCAAGUCGACGAUUUAAUCAUCGAUGCAUCACUUCUUCAAGACGAAGAAGAUGAAGAUGAAAACGAAUCAGCAAUUAAGACUGAAAUUGACUCAAACAACCAACAAGAUAUUGCAGAAUUGCUUGAUCUCGACUCUUUCAUCAAAUUCAUCAUCGCACAGGCGAGGGCUAUUCUCAAGAACGCAGGAGACAUGCUCAAACGCGCCAUGCAGAUCACAGCAAACUUAAUCGUAUCAUUCGGCCACAUUGACAACGAACGGAUGAUGAUUAACUCAGCGCAAGACCUUACAGAGGCUGCCGGUUUGAUUAUGACUGCUGCCGAAAUGUUAAUUAAAGGAACAGCCGGGGAAGACCCCGAAUUCAAAGUAAUUGCAGCCGCAAGGAUUGUGAAGGGAUCUGUUGCACAAUUGGUCGCACAAGUUCUCGUCAAAGGCGGCGAUCCAGAGGGAAUCAUGAAUAUGCACGUCAAAACAGUCAGAUUCUGCUCCAACCAGAUUGUCCGUCGAUCAGAACUCCGUGUUGCAGCGCGAGUUUCAGAGAGCGAGAAAGGAAAAGUUAAGAAAGGAGGAAACAAAGUUGUUCAGAAACUUAACGCUCAACAGGUUGUCAACGACAGCAGAACUAAGCUUCAGGAGUCCGAACAGACACUUUAUAAGUACAGGAAGGCAAAUUCAAGAAAAUAA